AUGAUAAAUGUUAUAUUACCAAAGCAAUCAGCAAUUGAUCCUACAAUAAUGAAAUGUUUUUCCGUAAGUUCACUUGAAGGUGAAAACUACGUUUUUAAAAAUAAAAGUAACCGAAAUUUUAUGUUUUGUAAAAUUUAUGUUUUAUCCUUUCUUUGUUUAUUUUUUUUCACUCAUCACGAUAAAUGUAAUUCCCAAGGUAAUGUAAGUUCAGAAUUUAAUUUCAAAUACAGUAUUUCAAGGAAAUUAGCUGCAUCAAAUGAUGGGAGAAAUGCUAAUGAAGAAAGUUUUGAUGAAUUUAUUGGAAGAUUCUUGGAUGAUAAUGAAGAUAAUGAAAACAUGGAUGAAAACAUAAGUUCGGAAAAGGCUUUAUCAAUUUUGAAUGAUAUUCAAUCGCAAGAAGAAAAGAAAUUGCAUGAUAAUCUUAAAACUUUAUUGGAUAAACUAAAUAAAGAAGCACAAUCUUAUGGAGUACCAGGUGCUGCAGCAGACAAAAUGUGGUCUACCAUUACUAAAGAAACCACUGAUGCAAUGAAUAAAUUAAUUCAAAAACUUCAUCAGGAAUUAAGUUCUUUGGUUAGUGGUGGAUCAUGUACACGCAGAGAGUUUAAAGGAUUUACAGAUAAUGCAUUUUUUCUGUGGGGUAAAUUGAGACAUGAAUUGGAAUCAAUAUUUUGGAGGAGAUUUUAUAGUUUACGUAGAUAA